AUGCAGGGGAGCGUCGAGGAGCUCUGUCAUGAAGCGGUGCAGGGAGGAGAGAAGACCCCAGACACACACACCAAACAGGCGCAGUUAAGGGCAGGAGUAAGUGAGGAGCUGGGAGAUCUUCUGGUGCAGCGUGAGCGCCCGCCCCUCGCCUCAGGCCCUGCUGCGCCGCUGCUCAGAUCACAGCUCACAGAUCUGCCCCUGGGGGGAGGCCUGAUGUCGGAGAGAUUAAUUGCAGACUGCGGAGCAGCAGCGUGCUGGGAGCGCUGGAAGGCUCAGAUAUACUCCUGUGGUACAUAA